GUGUGGAAGUGUGUUUGUGACUGAACAUCAGGAGAGAGAGCGGAUGAUAUUCACCGGCUGAUCAGCGGAAUGGAGGUCUAUCCUCCCGAUCGAGAAAGGAUGAUGGAGGCUUGGCUUGACGACAACCUAGAGUUCGCUCAUUCUUACUUUGUACGAAAGGCUUCUCGGGAAAUGGUCAACGCUUGGUUUGCUGAGCGUGUCCACUCCAUUCAGCCGUCUAGGGAAGGAUCCAAAGCCCCGCAGGAAGCUUUAACGGCCCUUCAUUCACUGGGUCCAGCCGAUGCUCCAUCUCCGAGUCCAGCUCCAUCCACCCCUACACGAAAGAUCUCUGCGUCAGAGUUCGAUAGGCCGCUUCGCCCCAUCAUCGUGAAAGACGCAGAGGGUUCGCUCACUUUCCUAAGCGACACGGAGAGGGUGCAGAUGCCACUUCCUCCAUCCCAGCGGUCAGGCUCGGGCAAUGGGACGGAUGAGGGCGGAGGUAUUAUGGAUUCAGGAGACCGCUGUGCUCGUCUGUUGGAGCUUGUACGUGAUGUUUCCAGUCACUUGGACCUUACUGCUCUCUGCCACAAGAUCUUCCUACACACUCACGAGCUGAUCGCCGCAGAUCGCUACUCGCUCUUCCUGGUUGGGGAGGACAGUUCAAACAGGAAGUUCCUGGUUAGCCGGCUCUUCGAUGUUGCGGAAGGAACCACUCUUGAGGAGGCGUCCAACAGAGGCAUUCGCCUCGAAUGGAACAAAGGGAUUGUGGGAUAUGUGGCAGCCACCGGACAGCCUCUGAACAUCAAGAAUGCGUACGAGGAUCCACGCUUUAAUGCAGAAGUUGACCAAAUCACAGGGUAUAAGACGCAGAGCAUCUUGUGUUUGCCCAUUAAAAACCACAGAGAUGAGGUUGUUGGUGUAGCGCAAGCAAUCAAUAAGAGGUGUGGAGAGAACAGCACCUUCACGGAGCAGGACGAGAGGGACUUUUCUUCGUACCUGGCCUUCUCCGGCAUAGUGCUACACAACGCACAACUCUACGAGACAUCGCAGCUGGAGAACAGACGAAACCAGGUGUUGUUGGAUCUGGCUAGUCUGAUCUUCGAGGAGCAGCAGUCAUUGGAGGUCUUGCUGAGGAAAACUGUGGCCACCAUCUUGUCCUUCAUGCAGGCCCAAGAAUGCACCGUCUUCAUCGCUGACAGAGAAACAGCUAACACAUUCUCCAGUGUGUUUCACAUGGAAUACGAGGAGCUUGUGGGAUCUCUGGACUUCCCAAACAGAGAAUGUGAUGUCAACAAGAUUAACUACAUGUACGCUCAGUAUGUGAAGAACUCUAUGGAGUCACUGAACAUUGCAGACGUCACCAAGGACCAGCGAUUUCCGUGGACUAGUGAAAAUCUACAGUCCUCAAAUGGCCAAAUCAAAAGUCUGCUGUGCACGCCAAUACGGAAUGGGAAGAAAGACAAAGUGAUCGGUGUCUGCCAGCUGGUCAAUAAGAUGGAUGACGCUUCAGGGGAAGUCAAAGCCUUUAAUAGGAAUGAUGAGCAGUUUCUAGAGGCCUUUGCUAUCUUUUGUGGACUGGGCAUCCAGAACACGCAGAUGUAUGAAGCCGUGGAGAGAGCCAUGGCCAAGCAAGAGGUCACGCUUGAGGUCCUCUCUUAUCACGCCUCGGCCGCGGAGGAAGAGACGCGGGCGCUCCAGGUAACUGCGGCAGCGACGAUCCCCUCGGCUCAGUCUCUCAGACUGCUGGACUUUGGCUUCAGUGAUUUCGACCUGACGGAUGCGGAGACGACCCAAGCGACCAUCCGCAUGUUUGUGGACCUCAAGCUUGUGCAGAACUUUCAGAUGAAGUACAAGAGUCUGUGUCAGUGGAUCUUAAGCGUGAAGAAGAACUACAGGAAGAACGUGGUCUACCACAACUGGAGACACGCCUUCAACACGUCGCAGUGCAUGUUUGCUGUGCUGAAGUCUGGCCGGGUUCAGAAUAAUCUGAGUGAUUUGGAGGUUUUAGCUUUAAUGAUUGCAACACUGAGCCAUGAUUUGGAUCACAGAGGCGUCAACAACUCCUACAUCAAAAGAAGUGACCAUCCGCUGGCCCAGCUGUACUGCCACUCCACGAUGGAGCAUCACCACUUCGACCAGUGUCUCAUGAUCCUCAACAGUCCAGGUAAUCAGAUUCUGAGCGGUCUCUCUCUGGACGAGUACAAGGCCACACUGAAGAUGAUUGAGAAGGCUAUUUUGGCCACUGACCUGGCUCUCUACAUGAAAAAAAGAACAGAAUUCUUUGAGCUGGCGAAGAACAGUCAGUUUGUUUGGGAGGACGAGUAUCACAGAGAUCUGCUGCGGUCGAUGCUGAUGACAGCAUGUGAUAUCUCAGCUAUUACAAAACCCUGGCCUGUACAGAAGAAGAUAGCAGAACUGGUCGCCACAGAGUUCUUUGAACAAGGUGAUAAGGAGCGGCGAGAGCUAAACAUUGAACCUAUUGAUCUGAUGAACAGGGAGAAGCAGGAUAAAAUUCCCAGCAUGCAAGUGUCUUUCAUUGAUGCCAUCUGCACACAGUUAUAUGAGGCGCUGACGGGUCUCUCAGAGUGCUGCUCCCCCCUGCUGGAGGGAUGUAGGAAGAACAGGCAGAAUUGGAAGAUACUUGCUGAACAUGGAGAGGAAGGAGCUUUGCUUAAAGGAGGACUUUAACUUUUCUGUUGGCAUGCAUACUUCCUCGGACUAUUCACAUCAUUCCCUGAGACUGAAGGAUUACAAGACCCUGGUUUGAUGAUAUUCACAUGACAUUCACAAAGCAUACUAAAGCAUGUGCUAAGGUUGGAUGGAUCGAUACCUGUGCAGAAGACAUGCUUUAAAACUGUGACUAAACCAUCUUGACUCAUUAAAGGAAUGUUCCCGGUUCAAUACAAGUAUUUGUGAAAUAUUACCACAGAAAAUCAUUUUAUCCCUUAGUUUGUAAAAACAAACAAUAAAUAAAUGUAUGGUAACUUACACUACCAGUCAAGUUACAGGAAAAAAGAAAAAAGAAAUUCAGUUUCCACAAAAAUAUUAAGCAGCAAAUACUGUUUUCAACACUGAUAAUUAAAAGAACCAUUAUUAACUCUUUUCCCGCCAGCAUUUUUGAUAAUUUUCACAAAAAUGUAAUAUUUUGUUGUAUGAAUAUCUGAACAUGCAAUAUGUCAAAAGAAAGAAGAGAGCCUCUGCUUUUAAACCAUUUUAUUCUAGCUCUUUUUUUUUAUCAACAAUGUGGGUACGUUUUAUAAAAAAGCAACAUUUUAAACAAAAAGACUAUACAACAUGCAUAAGCAUUGCUUUUAUAGCUUGAUUUUUAGAUUCUCUACUCUUUCAGAAGAUGUCUAACAGCGCCCCCUACCGUAUAACAGUGAAAACACGGAAAGCCUGAAAAUUCUGUCAAUGGUGUUAAUAAUUGAGCACUUACAAUGGAACUCUAAGAAGCAAGACAUUCCAAAGGCAGAAAUGUACAAGUUGUAUUUUUGUAAGUAAUUGUAAAUUUGUAAAAAGUUGUAAAACUGCAAACAUGACUGAUUAAUUCCCAUUGCUGAGAAGUUUCUCUUUAAAACUGCGCUGUACCAAAGACAGUUUCAAAAACGUGGUUUAAACAUGUAACCAAUCCCGUCAACGUGCGGGCGGGGCUUAUCACAUAUGCUCAAAGGUUUCUAUUUACAACGUUUUUUGCAGUGUGGGGCAAUGUAGCCAAUCACAGAAUUUUGUGAGAUCGCCAUGAACUAAGACGAGUGACAGCUUUUUAUUGAUUAUAAGCGGAGCGCUCUUUGCGUGCUUUCUAGGCUAUAAUCCGUUCAGAAUUUAAAUAAAUUGACUCACCGAUUCAUGCAAUGAAUCACAUAGCGAUAACCACUAAUCCAAGACUGCCAUUUGCUGUUGUGUAGUGUUUACUGCUUCAGUUAACUGAGUGAACGUUUCAUGUUUUUAAAAUUAAAAUAAUUUCUCGUGGUAAUCGACAGCAUAUCAACUUGUAUUGAGUCCAGAACAUUCCUUAUCCUUUCUUGUAGUCUGUAUUUUUCUGUGCAGCUCACUCACUGAAUUACUGAUAUACGCACAUACUUCUUAUUUUGCUAUGUUGCACUGUUAACAUAAGCUGAUAUUAAAACGAACACAUUGAAUACAGUCGUUUCUCACUGUUUAACCCUUUCACGUCACUUUGUAAAAUACCUUUAUAUCAUGUUGUAGAUUUUUUUGUUCACUUGCAUUGCAUACCUGUGAUAUGUGAACUUAUUUAUCAUCUGUUACACAAACGUGUUUAAUUCUUUGACAAUCACAACAAAUGCUUGUUUUGACGUGGGAUGGAAAUAAGAUGUCUGUAGAAAUGUAAAGUUCAAAAUGCUGUCACAUGUUUAAAAAGAAACCUGUUCCAUACCUGA